AUGCCGGUUAAGAGAGCAUGUGAUGUGUGCUUCAAACGAAAGAUUCAAUGUAUAAGAACUAACCCCAAUCUACCAUGCGAAUGGUGCUCCGAUCAUAACCUGGAGUGUGCGCUUCGACGAGAAGCACAGAGAAAGAAGCCAGAUGACAUUCCAUCAAUCCUGAAUCAUGUACACGCACUCACUCGUCGAGUCACAGAACUCGAAACCACAGUCGAACAACUUCGUUCGGCAGUGAAUGGUACUGCACCAGUAUUUCAGAGUCAAAACACGCCUUUAUCAUUACCUGGAACGGUAAAUACGCAGGCAACUCCCCUCUCGCCACAGCCUCGCCAUGAUGGGAGUACUGCCCAAUAUCAAUAUCGUGCCUUUCUAGGCCAACACUGGUACUUCAAAGGAGUGCCAUUGUUUUCAGAAAAAGGAACUGACUGGAUGUCAUCCAAGAUCGGUCAAAAACCAAACCUAGGGAAUUUCCGUCUUUUCGGGUCACUCUCUUUCCCACACAGUCCUUUCCAACCGCGUGCUGAACUACCCGAGCGAGAGGUAACGAAUGAAUUGCUCGAUUCUUGGCUGUCAUCAGACUGGCAGCGGGUGUAUCCGAUACUUGACCCGUCAUUUGUGUUGGGGACUAUUGAAGCUGCAUAUACACUGCCAAGGAGUCAUGAUACUAUUCAUAGACAAAGAACAGCCGAAGCAUGUGUACUUGCAGCGUUGGCUCUUUUCUCGCGAGCAAGCGAAUUCGAUGUCCCGCAACUGUUUGAGGGCGAUGUUUAUGCCAGUACCGCGCACAGCUAUCUGACGCAGGUAUCUGAAGGUAGCAACUUGGAAACAUUGGAAGCUUUUCUUAUGCUGGCACUCUAUAAGACUCUUUCCGGCCAAUGGGAAGAUGCUAACAAACUUCAUUCGUCGGCCUGCCGUAUUGUCUAUGAGCUGAAAGGCUACUGUUUUUACGACACAUUUACAGAACAACCAUCUGAACAACAUACCCAACAAAAGCACAUCCGAGAUCUGUUCUGGUUAUGUUAUAUUUUUGACAAAGACCUUUCAAUUAGAUUUGGCCGCCCUCCUCUCCUCCCUAGCAGUUAUUGUGACUUGACAUUACCAGAGGGACUAGAUAGGAUAUACGACAGUCAGUCUCUUGACCGAGAGGCUUUCGUUCACUUCCCUCAAGACCUUGAGCUCACUCAGAUAAAAGAGAGGCUAUGCCUUUUUCUGUGUUCUCUCGAAAACCCGAAUCUGGCUGAUGGUACAAUCCUGUUCCACUUGCGGCAGCUGGAUAUUGAUCUCGAGACAUGGCGCCUGAACAUUCCAGUAGACUUCAGACCUAAAUUGUCAUUGUCGGCCGAUCAGCCAAUUCAAACGAAAAUGUCCUAUCUCCAAAGAUGGAGACACAGGUAUCUGCAGUUGGAAUACAACUAUAUGACAAUCAUCAUUCACACGGCCGUACGAAGAUGCGGCGCGGCCUAUGCUGUAGAUGAGAGUCUACCUGAUGAUUUGCAUAGUGUUUAUCAUUCAAGCAGCGAUAUAUCCCUUGAAGCUAGUCGCACGAUCUUGCAGAUUUUCAAAGAUCAAGAUAUGCUACUAGAACGAAAUGCUUUCGGGCAUAUCGCUUUUCACCCACCCAUAGCCGCCUUGGCAUUAUUCUUGAACAUCUUGAUCCAUCCUCUCGACAGAGAGGCACAGACGGACUUGGAUAUCCUAGCAUCAUCAACCACAAUCUUCCAAAACUACUCAUCAACUACAAUGACAGAAUUGGAUCUUGAAAGUGUGCAGGAAUUGAGCCGAUUCGUGUCAGAAUUGGUACACCUUGGCAAAAGCGCCAUACUAAAGGCAAAACAAGAAAACAAAGCCACAGAGUAA